AUGGACUAUGAGAGAGUCGGAGCUGAACGGAAGUUGCAACUGCAAAAAUUAGAGAACCUCUGCCUAGACGCUUAUGAAAACUCCAGGCUGUAUAAAGAGAAGGUGAAGGUUGUGCAUGACAAGAGCAUUAAGAGAAGAGAAUUCCAACCAGGGGACUUAGUCUUACUUUACAACUCCAGAAUGCGACUCAUGCCAGGCAAGCAGAGAUCCAGAUGGGAUGGUCCCUAUCGAGUAGAGAGGGUAGAAUCAUACGGAGUCUUUCACUUGAGCCAUCCUUCAAGAUCUGAACUUAUCAAAGGCGAAAAGAUGGCGAAAAACCAGGAACUAUAG